CGAGAAAGCAACGAUGGCUGCUGACACGAAAACAACCCCAAAAAAUUCUGUUUCUGAAAUCUUUAAGAGCAUGGAAUAUGGACCUGCUCCUGAAGCUGACAAUGUUGUCAAGGCAUGGCUGAAUGACCAUGAUAAUGGUGAAUUUGGGCUAUUCAUUGAUGGAAAAUGGGUGAAACCUGAUGGAAGAAAGACAUAUCAGACAAAAAAUCCAGCAACCGGUGAACCACUGGCAACAACUAUACAAGGAGAGCAAGAAGAUGUAGACUUGGCUGUGAGUUCAGCAAAGAAGGCGUAUGAGACUUGGAGUAAGACACCAAAUCAUGUCCGAGCAAGACAUUUGUACAGCAUCGCUAGACACAUACAGAAACACAUGAGGCUGUUCAGUGUUGUAGAAGCCAUGGAUAAUGGUAAAACAUUCCGAGAGACUAGAGAUGCUGACAUACCGAUCGUGGUCCGUCAUUUCUAUCAUCACGCAGGCUGGGCUCAGUUAAUGGAUACAGAAAUGAGAGGAUGGAAAUCUGUUGGUGUAAUUGGCGGUAUAGUACCCUGGAAUUUCCCACUAAUGUUACUGACUUGGAAGAUCGCCCCAGCUUUAGCCAUGGGAAAUACAGUGGUCCUGAAACCAGCUACAUAUACCAGACUCUCAGCACUGCUGCUGGCAGAGGUGUGUGCUGAGGCAGGACUUCCACCUGGUGUGUUUAAUGUUAUCACAGGAAGUGGAGCAAUGGGCAGUAAGCUAGCAGAUCACCCUGAUGUGGAUAAAGUGGCAUUUACAGGAUCUACAGGGGUUGGUCAGACAUUACGUAGACUGACUGCUGGUAGUGGAAAGAAAUUAUCAUUAGAGUUAGGAGGGAAAUCUCCCGUAGUUGUAUUUGAGACAGCAGACCUGGAUAGUACUGUGGAAGGAGUCGUAGAUGCAAUUUGGUUUAACCAGGGACAGGUCUGCAGUGCUGGAUCUAGAUUACUUGUACAAGAAGGCAUCCAUGACAAAUUGGUGGCCAAACUGAAAGAGAGGUUAACCCACUUUAGAGUAGGUGAUAGUUUAGACAAGACAGUGGAUAUGGGAGCCAUUGUUGAUGAAUCUCAGAGAAAAUCAAUUGAAGAAUAUGUGGAAUCUGCUAGACAAGAAGGAGCAGAGAUAUUCCAGAUUUCACCUAUACCAAAGAAAGGUUGUUUCUAUCCUCCAACUAUAAUCACCAAUGUACAGACAGUAUCUAGAGUUGUUGUCGAGGAGAUAUUUGGUCCAGUAUUAGUUGUAUUACCCUUUAGGACAGCUAAGGAAGCUAUUGCCCUGUCUAAUAACACUAUCUAUGGACUAGGAGGGAGUGUUUGGACAGAGAAUAUUCCAUUAGCUCUGGAAGCUGCACUCAGUAUCAAGGCUGGGACGGUAUGGAUCAACUGCCACAAUUUGUUUGAUUCAGCAGCUGGCUUUGGUGGCUACAAGCAGAGUGGCUAUGGUAGAGAUGGUGGCAAAGAGGGACUAUUUGAGUAUGUCAGACCAUCCUGGGAAAAGAGGCCCAGACCAGAACCUGUGCAGUUGGACCUAAAAGCUUUUGGACAGAUGGUUCAGGCCAGACCAACUAUAGGGAACAACCAAAAAAAUGAGAUUUCAGCAGAUGGUAACGUGCCAGGAAUUGACAGAACAUUUAAGAUGUAUUAUGGUGGUAAACAAGCCAGACCAGAUGCACCCUACUCCAGACCUGUGGUGAGCCCAAAUGGUACUGUUAUAGCCCAUGUUGGUGAGGGUAACAGAAAGGAUGUCAGGAAUGCAGUAGAGGCUGCACAUGCUGCUGCUGCAGGUUGGGGUAAGAGAGCAGCACAUAACAGAGCACAGAUAGUAUACUACAUGGCUGAGAACCUUGAGUUACGACGAGAUGAAGUGGCUAACAGGAUACAUCAGAUGACGGGACGAUCCAUGGACGACUGUAGGACUGAAGUGGACCUGUCAGUACAGAGACUGUUCCACUGGGGUGCAUACUGUGAUAAAUAUGGAGGCUCUGUACAGGAGACAACAUUGUAUGGUUGUACAGUUAAAGUCCAUGAGCCUAUGGGUGUGAUUGGUAUUGCAUGUCCAGAUGAUUAUCCCUUGUUAGGCUUUGUGUCACUGUUUGCUCCAGCUGUAAUUAGAGGGAAUGUCAUAGUUAUUGUACCAAGUGAGAAAUACCCACUGUCAGCUUUAGAUUUGUACCAGGUAUUUGACACAUCUGACCUUCCAGGAGGUGUUGUCAACAUUUUGACUGGAGAUCGUAACCACUUGGCCAAAUAUCUUACUGAGCAUCAGGAUAUCCAGUCCAUGUGGUACUUCGGAACUGCAGAGGGGUCCAAAUUUGUGGAAUAUAUGUCUGCCGAGAAUGUGAAGAGGACCUGGGUGAACUAUGGACUGGCCAGAGAUUGGACUGACCCAGAACAAGGACAAGGAGAAGAGUUCCUGUAUCAAUCAAUACAGUGUAAAAAUAUCUGGAUUCCAAUGGGGGACAUCUUUGCAAAUUAAAGAAAAAUAUGACAGAGACGUCUUGAGUGAAUUAAUAUAUGACAGUCAUGUCCUGUAAUUUUUUUCUUUGGAUUUUGGAUAGAUCUGUUCAUUUUAUUGAAUUAACAAUUAAUAUCUGGAAUUAUGUACAUAAGGACAAACAAAUUACUGGUCAGCAUAGAUACAUUCUCAAAUAGUUUCAGUAUUGUUUAGAUAUUUAAUUUUAAGUCAUGUUUUAAGAAUGUUAAUAUUUAAUCAUGUAAACCGUCCAAACUUACAUUCUAGCUGGAGUUGUUAGAUAGAUAACCCCAUUUUCUUGUCUGAAAAGAUAGCUUAAGUCAUGAAUAGAAAGGGUUGUGAUUAGUAUUACAAAGGUUCAAUGUAUAAUAAAAGGAGAAAAUAUGAUUAGGCUACAUCUGGUUUCCAGAAUAUUUGAAAAUCAUUAAUUAUUUAAAGUUUAUCAAAUAACAUAAUGUAAACCAACUUAUUUUCGCACAUACUUCAUUUUAUGUUAAGUACUUUCGAGCCAACAUUGCAGCAAUUUAUUUUCAAGAUUUUUUCACUUUCUUGAUAUUAAAGCGAAGUUUAUUUUUCACAUAUUGAUAUUCAUGUUAUUUUUCUACUCGUGAAAGUCACAAAAAUAAGUCGCUUGUGAAAAUUAAUAUUUCCGUCAGAUUUUGGUCAUGAUACAUUUAGAUUUUAUUAUGGUACCUUUCAUAUCUCUUCCUUUAAAAAUUGCAUCUUAAUGAAACUAUUUAAAAAAGAAUUAUAUAUUCACUAAAAUAUCUUCUGAUUUAAGUAAUGAAAAUGUUUGGUUUUUAGGUAAUAUCUAUAUUUUUGAAGUUUAACAGAUGCUAAACAUUUAUGACUUUUAUAUAUUAUUUGGUAUGAUUUAUCAUGUUUACCUGAAAAUCUAGUCUUCCAUUCAUUUAUAUUAUUAAUGUAUAUAGUUCAAAGGAGGGGUGAUCCAUGCAGUGUAUAUAUGCAUAUUAUAUAUUAAAUUAACUGCCAGCAUUUAAUUAUGUUUUAGUGGUGCUUGUUGUAUUAUGAAAUAUACCAUUUGAGAGCAAGUAUAAGAUAUGCCUAAAUCUUCAUGAUUACAUUACAUUUAGAUAGGCUGAGCUUGAACUAUAGUAAUAUUUUUAUUUUGUUUUGAGAUUUGAUAUUUCACUGUAAUUAGCAUUCAAUAUUUCGCUUCUACUUCUACCACUAAGUGACCACCGUUGACUAAGGUUGACUAUCCUGUCACUGUUUGGAGUGUGCUUUGUAUAAGUUUGUCACCAGCAAAAAUCUUUACUUCCUGGUUUGAAAUUUUUUUAUAGGAGGGUAAGCCUAGCGUUUUUUCUUCUCUCCUCUAGUGUUGGCCAUAUAUUCCUUUUAUGAUAUGCAUGACAAUCAUAUAUCAAAUGGUUUUGGUGUAUGUAAAGGAUAUUCAUCUAUAGGACAUAUCUUAUGGGAAUGGUUAUUUUGAUAAAAUGCUAUAGAUGUACAUAUACAUGUCUAAGAAUUUGAUUUAGGUAAGCAGUGCUUGUUUAUACAUGUAUCAAUAUUUUAAGGAGACAAUUCUUUUAGUUUCACUUUAAUUGAUUUUUUAAGGCAGCUCUUUGAAUUUAAUAUACAAUCAGGUAAAUCAUGCUUUAAAUAUAUGUAUUUUAUUCAGUUUUCCUAUAUUAUUUUUUUCAGUAGGAAUGUCUGGAAAAGUGGCAUAAGUUUUGGACCUAACAUCCCUACUUGAAAUGUAUUCAAAACGAUCCAAUAAUUAUGUUUCAAUUUUGAACUAUCUCCAUUUUUCCAGUUAAAGAAUAGUAACAAAAAAUACCUCAAAUGUAAAAUAUGUUCUGUUACCUAUUGUAAAUAGAGAAUAUCAAAUGGGUUUUUCAAUAUUAAGGUGUGUGAUAUUAAAAAAGCCAUAUCAUAUACUUUAUUAUAUUCUUUAGGUAGAAGUUUUUCAUGCUACGUGAUGUUAUACAGAUUAGGAGUUUGAUAAAGCCAUGAUUGAUAUCAAUGACAUGAAGUCAUACAGAAUAGGGGUUUGAUAAAGCAUUUAAAACCAUGACUGAUUUAGACAUUAUCACUGAUGGCUGAUACAGCACAAUUGUCAUUGAUUGUAUAACACAUACAGUUCAACUGUAUUUACUACUAAUAAUAACAAAUGCAUUAUACAUAUGUCUAAUAAGUCCAAUACUGAUUAAUAAGUGAUGCCAUUAGUUGUUUCGCUUCUCCUUUUUAAAAUGUUGUAUUACAGUGUUUGUACUUAUUUUUGCAGUGUAAAUUACUCUGUCACAUAUUUCACACAGGAUGUUGUGAAAAAUGAAAGAAGAUAGAGAUUCCACCACUGCAUCAAGUGUGUUACGAUAUUUCUCCACUCGAGACAGUUAAAUUUUAAUAUUUACAGGGUGAAGCUUGCUGAUCUUUUUAAAUAAUUAAAAUUUAACUGUUGAGAGUGGAGAAAUAUCGUAAUACAUGAGUUAUAUAUGGUGGUGGAAUCUGUUUCUCUAAUGAUUUUUAAACGAUAUCCAAACAAAGUUUAUCCUUCUUUUUCAAAGAUUUGCAGAAAGUCGUGUUCUUUAUAUGUGAUGUCAUCAGGCAUGGUCGCCUUUUUUCAUGACGUCACAAUAGGAAAUUCAGAAGAAACCAAGAAAAUUUGACGUCAUAAAUAAAUUUCUACCAAUCAUUUGACGAGAACAAAGUUUUCUCAAGAGAUGAAAAGUAUUUUUCUUACUCUGAACGAGAAAUGUGAAAAAAACAUUCAAAUUAGAGAAAGUAUAUAUUGUUGUUGUUGCAUAAUAGCUGUGGACACAUUUUUGUAGUUCAUAAACUGUUUUUUUAAUGUACAAAUUCAGGAAAAAAAGUUCACAUUUUAAAAAAGACAAAUAUGUUUGUUUUGUAGUUGAAAUUAUAUUAUUUUGAAUCUCAGUUUAUAGUUUUGUAUAAUAUGAAUUCAUUUUAAGGUACACUUUUUGUUUAUAGUGCUAAACUGUUUGUUUUAUAUAAUAUUCAGGAACUAUAAUAAAAUUGUUGAUUGUUGA